CUUCGAUCAUUCUCUAGGGCUUAAAGUACAGGAGAGAUUUUGGGCGCGCUAGCGCCAGGAUCGCCAUGCCGCGGAAGACUGCUCUCUCGCGUUUCUUUCUCUGGCGCUGGCGCCGCGUUCUUCGCUACCGGUAGCGAAAUCUGUAGCAGCAUUGGCGAUCCAGGCAAGGGAAACAAGAUUGCUGCUCAGGGUUUGAGUGGUUGCGGCGCCGUGCAGCUAGAUCAGGGUGGGAUCGAGUGAUUCCGGCAGGGAUGAAGGGGGAAACGCCGUUGGACUACUGCGUUUUCCAGCUCAACGAGGCCAGAUGUGAGCUUUGGAUAUGCGCUGGAGAUAAGAACGAGAAGCUGGCCUCUGGAUCGGUCAAGCCGUUUGUAGCGCAUCUCAGGGCUGCUAAGGAGCAGAUCGCGAAAGGGGGGAGCUUCAUCAUAUUGCAAGCCCCGCCUUUCGUUGGGGAUGGAUCCCCUUGGUUCACUAAGAGAACUGUAGAACGAUUUGUGAGAUUUGUCAGCACUCCGGAUGUUUUGGAGAGUGUUAGCGUACUCGAAGCGGAGCUCGCAAAGCUCGAUGAUGCAACCUCGAUCCUUGUUUCUGAUUCUUCAUGGAGUGCUCCUGUUACUCCAAGAACAGGAAAUCUUUCUUUGUACAAGUCUGAUGUAGAGCAACACGGAAGCCAGACCAAGGUUUACCCGAAGCGACCUUCGUUUGACUAUGCAGGCAUUGCUCUAUUAGAUGGUUCCAAGAAGGAUUUGCUCAAAGCGAUGGAAAUGCGUAGGAUGAUGCUUAUGCACGAACAGAAAAAAGCAUUCUCUCAUGCUACUGCCGCGGGAUUCAACGUCUCGUGCAUUUCGGACCUGAUGGUAUUUGCGAACUGUUUUGGUGCACCACGUCUUUGGGAGGCGUGUUUGAAAUAUAUGACACUAUGCAAGAAGAGGCAGGAUUCAGGAUUGAAUCCAGAAGAAUCUUUAUUCGAUUCUAUCUCUUCGGGUUCGUCGGAUGCCAGCAUACAGCUGAUGUCGAACAAGUCAGAAACCAGCGACAGCACAGAGGAAACGAGCAGUGGAUCAGGAAAAAGCAAAGCACGUAAGACAUGGGAUCCACAGGUUUUAAGCACCUUGCAGCAGUUGCAUGCGAGGAAAGUAGAAAACGGGUCUUUGAUGUCUCCAGACGGCAAACGGGUUAUCAGAAGACAGAAGACUGAGGAUCCUAGCCCUCUCGCAGACGAGGACUUAGUCGUUGGAGCCAGGGAAUCGGUGAACAAUCCUUACGUGCUGCUCCAAUCUUCUAGAAGCAAGGUCGAGCACAAAACUAUAAGCGUUCAAGAUGCCAUUAGCCUGUUCGAAAGCAAACAGCAGAAGGUGGACGAUGCUUUGAAGAAAAAGAUCACCAAAGAAGACAUCGAAGUGACGGAGCCCGUAAAGCCAGCUAUUUCUGAAGAACAACAUGUAGCAGAAAGCGAGCCAGACAAGCACACAGUGAUAGUGGAACCGACCAUAGCCGACCUUGAAGCGGUUCCUGAAGCCGGUCCGGAGGAAGUCGUCCCUCAGCAAACUCUUUUAUUGCAGCAUCCUAGCUGCAAGGAAGAUAAGCAGGCGAUUCGAAAACCCAGCGCUUUAGCUGUCGUGGCUGAGGCAACGGAGUUGGAGGAAUUGGAUAACAUUGAGUGGAGACCAUUAUCCAAGUCGUCGGGAUUCGUUUUUGACGACAUGUUCCUCGACCAGAGAGCCACCGUUGCGCAGAACAACAGAAGACAGUCACUUUGUGUCUGGAAGACUAGCGACCUUGAAAGUUACAACACUCAGAAGGCUGAGAAGAAAGAAUCGAAGGGACGGUUUUACGACCAGUAUCAAGAAAAAAGAGAAGCCAAACUGAAGCAUGAACCUGUUUUGAAGAAAGCGGAAAAGGAAGCGAAGCUCAAGGCUAUGCAGGACGUGCUGGAAACACGGAGAGCAGAACUGUCUACACGCAGCAUGAGAUUAACCGAUAAAACUGCCACCUUGACAUCAAGAAGUAAAAAGGACGUGGAGUCCAAAAGCUGCGAGCUUAGGAUUCCUUCGAAGCGAACGGGUUCCGUGUCAAGCGUUCAUUCCGCUCCUCUGGUGUUAAAGGCAGACGCAAACAACGCUAGGACUAUCUCUGUCAGAAAGUCUUCACCUUCUUCUCAAAAAUCAAGCACAACAGUUCGUGCCUCAAGCUCUUCAGGCAGCAAAAUACAAAGAAGGUCUGCAGAGAGCUUGCAUUUGGAACACGGCAAAGAGAACGCCGACCCCUUAUACACAAGUGAUCUCGAGGGCCCCCAGAAGUUUAAGUUCUUGGAGCGAAAGAGUAAGGGGCCUCCGUUUAUGACGAAGAAAAUCGUUGACAACAAUCAGCUUAAAGGAGAACCGGGCAAAGCCUCCAAGUCCGACGGUGCAGUUUAUCAAAAGAAAGUGCCUCAGACUCGGCAACCAUCUGCAAGCAGUUAUGUGAAAGGUAAACCAACAGAGGAAGACUCAAAGUCGCAGAAAACCAGUGCCGACAGUUGCUCCGCCAGCAGCGAGAUUUUUGAGAUGAAGCUCGAGGGCGAUGACACGGAGAGUUCAUGCUCCUGUUCAGUUGCUGGGAACGCGACGUCUUUACAGAAAGAGAACUUGGCAGAUGAUCUAGAACCGGAGGUGACUUUCUUACGAGUGGAGGUGACAGACGUCGAAGCCUGUCCGGACGUGGCCCAGGCAGAAAUGCAGGUGAAAGACGAAGCAUGCAUACCAACUGUGGAAGGUGCUAGUGCUGAGGAAGUCAAGCAGGAGGUUGAUAACCGGGAGUUGAAGGGCGGAGAAACAGAUGAACAUCGUCUCGAGUCCAGUAUGAGGGUCGGGAGUCCCGACUCUGAUACUGUCGAAGUUGUGCUUGAAACAGCUCCAGACGUGAGCAACGCAGCAGCAGCCAGAGAAGCUCAUGCCUCCAUUGACAUGAGCGUUCUGAUUGAAGAGCUUGAGAGGGAGGACGAGCUCUCGGAAGUGAAGAAAGUCGUCGACGUCGAGAUCCCGGAGAAAGCGCCGCCAUUCGAGAAAGCCAAGGCAACUCCUCUCUUCGAGCUUGCCGAGCUCGACCAGAAGCAGUUCCCGGCCGCCUACAAGGUGUAUCCGCCGCUGGAGGACUUCAGCAGCACCACGGGAACGCAGUCGGAGGCGUCAGGCGUGUCCAGUGCGAUAUGCGGCCCUGGCGACCCAAAAGUCGAGAGCUUCGGCUCGAGCAAAGACGAGGGAGAAGAGGCGACAGCCAUCUACAAUCCGGACUCCCCGACGCUCAUGGUUGGCUCGUUUCUCCCGAGGAAAGUCGUGGUGGCCGGACAGACGCAGCCGAAGUGCACGAUCUUCCCCGCAGUGGUGGAGACGAGGAAGAGCUCUUCGGACGCUGCGAUGGCCCGAUCGUCCAGCGAGCCGGGCUCUCCGACCAGGCAGCCGCUCUUCGAUCUCUUGGCCAACGAGCACAACACUCAAAGCAACGCCACCACUUCCAACUCCGCCACCGCCGCCACCAGCGCCGCUACCAUCGGUAUCAAGCCUCUCAAGUCCGCGUCUCACAAGCUUCCUCAUAUGUGCAGGCUGCCAUCGCCAGACGCCCGGGGCCACGCCACCGCACUGCUCGAGAAGAAGAACUCGGCUCCAUCGUGCGCAAAGCUCGACUCUUCGUCGACGUCAAAGCCGCUCAGAGGCAUCCGGAAGUUCUUGCGAUUUGGAAGGCGGAGCUCGUCAGGAUCAUCGGCAGCAAACGCAGCGGCGGAUCAAACAGGCAGGAUCAUGUGGCAGAAUGGAUGGUUCAAGGGGGAGUGACACGAAAAAAGAAAAUUCCAGGAACGAUGGAUCAUCAUAUCCUUGGAACUUUGGAACAACUUGUUUCAUCAUAUAUUUUGCUAUCAUCUUUUGCUACUCAUCAUACUAAUCGACCAUACUUUAAUUUUAGUGAAGCA